AUGGGUUUCCCGGGUGUAAAGCUCGCGCUCUAUCUUUGCGGCAUGUUUUUUCUCGUUGCAGGUCGGAGUCAUCAGAAACGGGCCAAGCGCAUCAUCGGUGGUACGAGUGUCGAUAUCGAAUUGGUUCCGUAUAUGUUAUCGUUGAGGCUCCACGGCAAACACAUCUGCGGCGCGGUGAUCAUCGGCAAAGAGUGGUGUUUAACCGCAGCGCACUGUUGCGUCGCUUUCCACGAUCCCGUCCGCAGUGGCAAGCUGACAGUUCGAAGCGGCACGUCAAAUCUGCACGAGGGUGGCGAUUCCCGUCGAGUGACGCAGGCGACGCGUCACGAGCUUUAUCGCGACGGCGACGACGAUUACGACUUGUGCGCGUUGCGCGUCGAGACGGCCUUUGAGUAUUCCAACGUGACUGCGCCCGUCAAGUUACCGAAACUUGAAAAACAGAGCACGCACCUGAUUGAUGGGUCCGUGGCUGGUUGGGGAUACACUGCGGCUGAUGGAACCGUGCUUUCUCCGCGACUGCAACUGUUGAACGUAUCGAGGGUCGAUUUGAAGGAUUGCAAGCACGCCUAUCGGAAUUCGUACACGAUUCACGACGACGACGUAUGCUACGGUUCCGACAACGGGUGGGACGGCGCUUGUCAAGGAGACUCGGGUGGUCCUCUCGUCAAUCGCGACUUCGUACUCGUCGGAAUAGUGUCGUUUGGCGCCGAGUGCGGAUACAGCAAAUUACCCGAUGUCUACGUUGACGUUACGCAAUUCCUCGAGUGGAUCGAACGAACGACGAGACUGCACGCCGAAUAACUUCCAAAAUAAUGCUCGGAAUUUUGUCGAGCAAUUGUUUAUGCUCGCUCGCGAAAGAAGCUUCGACGUGCUGGAUAAGCGUGUGCUUUCCUUCGAACAAUCAUAUCUGCAAUAGUUGUCGAGUUAUAUUUGCGACUAACUCUUCGACGAAACGUUGUAGCUUGGAGCUUGUCCCCGUCGAUUAGUCAUUCGCUUCAUUCGACCACCGCUGGAUUUCAGAAGCCGAUCUCUCCAGGAAAAGACAGUCGGAGUCCCUGCCGAAAGUCUACCGGCGCAAUCAAAUGAAAAACGGAACGCGUACAGAAUCGCUGAUGUGUCGGAGCUACAGGGAAUAGCGAUUGGAUUAUUCCCGAUGAUAGCAUUGAAAUGGUAAAUCCUGAGAGGGAUGCGUCAAGUAUUCGAUUUUUCAGCAAAAGCUUUUCCCAUUGAUACCAUGAUUUCGAUCGAAGCUCGAAUUUAGCUCACCUUAUUUCACCAAUCUUUGUAGAAUAUUAAUUGAGGUAAUACUUUGAA